CCUUGACAACCCAGGAGGCCUGAGGAGCUUGAAAGCCAGCUGAGCGCUAGACUGUGCGCUGCUGCCUCUGAUGGCUAUGAAGUCAGGUCAAACGCUGAGAGUACCAUCCCGCGUGAUCUGUCUCAGCUUGUGCCUGGGCCUGAUAGGGUGAACUGGAUCCUUGAAACAAGUGAAAUGCGAGAAGUCUGGUAAUAAAGAUAUCACCGAAGGUUAGAAACAAAAUCAAACAGGAAAUUCUGAAAGUAUGGGAUGUGGAAAUUCAAAAAUAUCUUCAUCAAAUAUUGUUAUCUUAGGGGUUAUCCAGAUUAUGAUUGGCAUCUAUCAUGUACUCAUGUGGUAUUUCCUAUUGCUAUUGUAUAUGGGACAAAUUAAAGGAGUAUUUGGGUCUUAUGAACCUUUAACUUACAAAAUGGGAACAGCUUUAUGGGGACUUACUUUUAUCAUUUCAGGAGCCUUCACAAUAAAAGCAGCAAAUUAUCAAAGUAGAUACAUGCUUGUCUGCGCCCUGUCCCUGAACAUACUCUGCAUAAUUGUUACGAUCAUUGCAGCCAGCCUGACAAUAGUGGAAUUGGCUCACUUCCGUUCUGUGUCAUAUAAGAAUUAUGGACAAGCAAAGCUGGGGAGAGAAGUGUCCCGCAUCUUGCUGUUCUCUUACCCCCUGGAAUUUGGGAUCGCCCUCACAUAUUCAAUCUGCAGCUGUUCACAUUUGGGAAGAAGACAAGAAAGUAAUUUAGAAAGUGUUACUGAAGUCAUGAGCAACUCAUUCUGAAAGCUGGAAACAUGAACAACUUUCCUGGCUGCUGACACCUGAUGUAUGUGCCAAUGAUACUUCCGUAUAACAAGGUUACUGUCCAACGCAUGCAUUUUGUGCAAGAGGAAACUCACAACAAGUUAAAAGUUAUCCCCCUUGAUACUUAAGAAAUGUCUACACACAUAUCUUCUAGGUUCCAGAGGAGAAAACUUUUCCUAUGUAAGCAAGAGAUUAUCACAAGGAAGAUCUGCUAGCUAGCCACUCUGAAAAGCUGUCAGCUCUCCACAGCAGAUCAUCUGCAGUAGACCAUAAAACCUGCGUGUAACCUGUAGAGUACAGGCUAUGAAGUUUGGAUCACAAUCUAUAAUUCCAAGGAAAACUAGUUUCUGUUCCUGUGAGUGAAAAGCACAUUCCACCAUGCACUGCAUUCUUCUGCUCAAGCUAGCGUCUGCAUCAACAAAGCAAGGAUCAAAAGGUCAUCAGUCCAGUGCCUUUAUUGUCCCAUGGCUUUUCCUGUUCUCAUUAAAGUUCCUUUCUGCCCUGUA